GGACGGGCUGUGUGCAGAUCACAUGACCACAGGCAGGGCUGCUCUGCUGCUCUAUUUGGUGGUGUUGAUCUGUCAAACACAAACCAAAUCUUCAAUAUCCUGCUUACUACUGACACCUCUGUUUACAGUUGGAGGGAUGGAGUUGGUUGUGGGCACAGUGCAGUGACGCUUGGAGGCUGUCCAAGGCAGGAUCCUGCUAUCCUCAACUCCUUCAGUCACAAACCAGUCAGCAAUGGCUUCAGGUUACCCCCCACCGUUUGAAGGCACAGGAGAAGUUAAAGAGGGGUUCCUUUGUCCACUGUGUCUCAAGGAUUUACAGUCAUUCUACCAGCUUCAAGACCACUAUGAAGAAGAGCACUCUGGAGAUGAUCGCCAUGUUAGAGGACAACUUAAAAGUUUGGUUCAGAAAGCCAAAAAAGCCAAAGACAAACUGUUGAAGAGAGAUGGAGAGGACAGGCCUGACAGUGGCACUUACGAAUCCUUCUAUUAUGGAGGAGUGGAUCCGUACAUGUGGGAACCUCAAGAGCUUGGAGCAACCAGAAGUCACCUGGACCAUUUUAAGAAGCUCAGAGCCGACAGAAUAGACCACUAUGUGAUUGAAGUCAAUAAGCUUAUAAUUAGACUGGAAAAGUUGACGUCAUUUGACAGGACCAACUCAGACACUGCCAAAAUACGAGCCAUUGAGCGUUCAGUGGUGUCUUGGGUGAAUGAUGCUGAUGUCCCUUUCUGUCCGGACUGUGGAAACAAGUUUAACAUAAGAAAUCGUCGCCAUCACUGUCGCCUGUGUGGAUCUAUUAUGUGUCGAAAAUGCAUGGACUUCAUUCCUAUACCUUUGGCUCGUAAGUUCUUUAUGAUUUAGUUUUGCUUCUUUGU